AUGGCGGUGUCGUCCUUGAGUCCUAUGCCGUUGAAAGCCGUCACUCACCUCAUCUUUGACUUGGACGGCACCCUUCUGGAUACUGAACGUCUAUAUACCACUGUGUAUACAGAAGUCUGUGAGAGCUAUGGAAAGAUUUUCACCUGGGACUUGAAAUCCUCAGUUAUGGGAAGAAGAGCACUGGAGGGAGCAGAGAUCAUGCGAACUGUCCUUGGUCUUCCAAUCACCAAAGAAGAAAUAGUGAAUGAAUGUGAAAUUAAGCUUAAAAAAUUGUUUCCCACAUCGGCAUUGAUGGCAGGAGCAGAAAAACUAGUUCAUCAUUUACAUCGACACAACAUACCCAUAGCUGUUGCCACUAGUUCAGCUCGAGAGCCAUUUGAAAUGAAAACGACUCAACACAAAGACUUCUUUAAAUUAUUUCAUCAUAUUGUGUUGGGAGAUGACCCUGAAGUGAAGAAUGGCAAGCCAGCACCUGAUAUAUUUUUAGUUUGUUCAAAGAGAUUUAAGCCUCCGUCACCUCCAGAAAAGUGUCUUGUAUUUGAAGAUGCUCCAACUGGUGUCAAAGCAGCUCUGGCAGCUGGAAUGCAAGUAGUUAUGGUUCCAGAUGAAAACCUGAACAAAGAUCUCACAAAAGAAGCAACUCUAGUACUUCAGUCUAUGAACCAUUUUAAACCUGAACUGUUCGGUUUACCACCAUUUCCCUGA